CCGACCACCAUCACCAAUCUGGACGACCAAGGAAGGAUGGAGCAAAUCUUCUUCGGCAUGCAUGUUCGCGUCAGUCGGAUGUUGUCCAAGCUUGCGGGUGGAAAGACGCGCGUUGCCGUGGAGACUGCGCUGUUCGCAACAGCAAUGACAUUCUUGAUGAUCUUAGCUGUGCUGCAUGUUAACUUUGUCAGGUAUGUGGGGUCACCAACAGACAGGUCAUGACAAUGUUCACAUUCAGCACACAUGGGCAACAUGGAUGCUUCAGGCAAUACAUGCCUCCAACCCUGCCGCCGCUCAUGCGAGUGGGCAUUACAUCCGAUCCGUUGCCGUGGAUACACCCGUUCGGAUUGCUCUUCCAUCGCGUGUCGGCCAAACCAAAUCGCAACUCGUUCGUGUUUGCGGUGCACAAAGGGCUUCUGUCACUUCUCGACUUUCCUGACACUAACUUCGCCGGUCCCGUGAACGUGACCCUGGUCGACGUAUCCAUUCCGAGCUCGAGCGCGUGCUUUGGCAUCAAGCACGUGUUCGACCAGUCCCCCGCCUGGACGUUAUUCCUCGACAAGUUUGUCGGGUACGACACCAUCGUGAUCAACCAAUUCGUCCACCUUGCGAACGGGAACGGGUACCUUCGCCACGAAUUCUCCAAAGACGUGUACAAUCUCAAUUACGCGACGGAGUUUCAGGCCACGACUGCGACGCUGCACUCACGUAUGGCAUUCAAGCUUGGCAUCUUGUGUACGACGCUUUUUCUCUUCUUCAGUACAACCACGUUGGUUUCGUUCAUCCUGCGAGAAACCCAGCAGCGCAUGCUCCGCUUCACGCUGUCGCUGCAGCACCACAUUCGCCAUCGCAUGCCGUACCUCAAGCUCGUGUUCAGCCACAUCAUCGAGUCCCUCGUCUUCGUUCCCAUCAUGGUCGGGAUGCUCUUUUUCCUGUUCGAGUUUUUUAAAGACCGGUUGCUCGCGUUCAUGAUCAUGUCUGUCGUGUGGCUGUGCGAACUCUAUUCGGUCAUUUGCGUCCGCACCUGCCUGUCGCUCACGUUCUUUCCGCCCGUGUUUUUAAGCCUCUUUGCCCUGUUCCACGUCUACUUUUUCAGCUUUCCGUUUGGGUUUUCCUACGUGGCGCUGUGGACAACGACGGCGUUUUUGGCGCAGCAGAUGCUGUUUUUCCUCAACCGGUUCGAACUGCCCGCGCUCCGCGACGGCGUCGUAUCGGCACAAUGGCCGCGUCAGUUUGUUUUGUCGUCAGGCGAUGCAGUGAACUAGGAGCACACGAGCAAAGUUAUCCAGCGUUACCACCUCGAAUCGCCGUGGGCUGCACAGACACCAGUUGAUCCCAUGCGAUUUGGACGAGCUCCGUGAUGGCCAAAGGCAGCGCCGCCGCGGCGUCCACGCACGCAAACAACUCGUACGCGGCGUAUCGAUGGCUAUGGGUUAGUGCGCAGGAUGAAAUCGGCUGUUGUUGGACUAUGUACUCCAUUCGUACCCAAUGACCCAAAAUUCACGGUUGUUGAGCUGGA